GAGAGUGGCAGAUGAGGGUGUGAUUUUGAUCGAUGAAUCGAAGAACAUUGGUUCCGACUCAAAGGUGGAAUUGGAUGAAUGUGUAGUCACUGCAAUUAGCAAUGAAAGGCGUCUUCUCGGCGCCCGGCGACUACGUCCACUUCAAGUCUCAGGUCCCCCUUCACAAGAUCCCGAUUGGUACAAAGCAGUGGCGAUAUUAUGAUUUUGGUCCCAAAGUGGUUCCUCCGCUCAUUUGUCUUCCUGGAACAGCAGGGACAGCAGAUGUGUAUUACAAACAGAUCAUGUCAUUGUCCAUGAAGGGUUACCGGGUGAUUUCAGUUGAUAUUCCACGUGUAUGGAAUCACCAAGAGUGGAUUCAAUCUUUUGAGAAGUUUUUGGAUGCUAUUGAUGUCCAUCAUAUACAUCUCUAUGGUACAUCCCUUGGAGGCUUCCUAGCACAACUUUUUGCUCAGCAUCGUCCAAGACGUGUUCGAUCAUUGAUUCUCUCAAAUACCUUUUUGGAGACACGCAUAUUUGCAGCUGCAAUGCCAUGGGCUCCUGUCGUUAGCUGGACCCCUUCUUUUUUGCUGAAACGAUAUGUCUUGACGGGAAUUCGUGAUGGCCCUCAUGAACCAUUCAUCGCUGACUCUGUGGACUUUGUUGUUUCACAGGUUGAGACACUCUCAAGAGAAGAUUUGGCAUCCAGGUUAUCCCUAACUGUUGAUGCUGCUUCAGUUGGAUCUCUUCUGCUCUCCGAUUCAUUUAUUACCAUAAUGGAUACAAAUGACUAUUGUGCAAUUCCUCAAGAACUCAAAGAUCAACUGACUGAGAGGUAUUCUGGAGCAAGACGAGCAUAUUUGAAAAGCGGUGGUGAUUUCCCAUUUCUAUCAAGACCCGAUGAAGUUAAUCUACAUCUUCAGCUACACCUGAGGAGAGUUGGGGUUGAAGCUCAACCAGAUUUAGUACGAGGCAUCCCAAAAGAUGGUGAUGGGGGGAGCCCCAGCCAAAAACAUGAUGAGAAAGAUGACCACGAUGAUCCACCAAACCAUGAUGAGGGAGAUCCUGACAGCCCAUCUGCAGACAAUCAGUCACCUCCAGCUCCAGAAAGCUCAGAAGCUCAUGACGUUGGUGAUCAGCUUCUUAGCAAUGCAAAAUUUUGUCUCAUCAGCCAUGAAGGUAAGACAGUUUUGAUGGAUCCUGCAUUACUACUGAUGAAACAACAUGCUAUAGACACCAAAGUCCUGAGUUGGGAGAUUUUCACUUUUUGCUUGCUUCCUCUUUAUGUGGAGUCACUGUACAUUACUUCAGGUUAUUGUUUGAAAUUCAGACAGUUUGUGUAAAAUAAAUGCUAAUUGGAACCUUUUCACUUUGUUGUUGUUCAUAUGAGCAAUUGCUGCAAGCCAAGCGCUGCUUUGCGUAGGCAUUGUUGUACUUGGGUCAUUUCGUUGCAAUGUUAAAAUUCAAUUGAAAUUUUGCCUGUUCAAAUACAAUGCUCUUAAUACU